AUGUCUAAGCAGAUGCCUUUGCUUGCAGAAUUGUCUAAUUGCCUUUCUGCAUAUACAGAGUCAUUAGAAAGAAUAUUAAAAUGCAUUGAACAUGCAUGCGAUGUUAACCAUAAAAAGCACGAUUCACCUGUUAUUCUCCAAGUUCAAGAUUUAUUAUCAAUUGAUGCUGAAUUAAAGCGUCAUCUCCUUAGAAUGGACGAAUGGAGUGAAAGACGGCAAAAGAUUGAGGAAUUAGAAAAAACAUUAUCAACAUUAUCAAUGCGCGUUAAUGAUUUUGCAAAGAAUCUUUCUGCUGCUCAGACAUCUCUUCAAGGAUGCCUUGCUACUGCACAGAAAAUCCAGCGUAGUGUCCAGCAUCAAGAGUUACCAACAGUUAGUGACAUUUUGAUGUCUGCAAAGAAUAUUUCAAAGGCUGCAUCUGGUGCUCCAGCACAUCGUGGUGAAUUCCCUUGGAUGCCACAGUACAAUGUAAUGAAUCAAGCUACAAUUUUCAAAGAUUCACUUCAACUUGAAGCCCCAACAAUCACAACAGAAUCAACCAACGUAGAAAAGCUUAAACUUAAUAGAUCUUUAGGUGAAGAUGAAUCAGAUUAA